AGGUUGUGAGGAGGGCAAGAUCGGGUGGGGAAAAAAGUGAUGUAACCACGUAGUCCCAUUCUUUCCCUCUUUAUUUACUUGUCGUCAUUCACACUUUGGGCUUGGAAAAUAGGACCACAGAGGGAGGGAGAAAGAACAUGAAUUUAAAAUGAAGAUUAUAGUUCUGUCAUACACAUUAACCAAAGACCUUGCAAAAUGGUUUACAACUGAAACAUUUUUAGAAAUAGUUGAACCACUGCCCCAUGAGGAGGACAGUGAUGAAGUAGGGAGGACCUCGUGUGAUGGGAAACUAGGGAGAGAAUUCGAAAACCCCACACUUAGAAGGCCCUCUGCCAGCUUCCACCUCCAAUUUUUGGGGAAGAGUUCUUAAUCAGUGGAUGGGCUUGUAUUGGACAAACAGAGUGAUCCUUCAGGGUGUCUUGGUCCUAAGCCAGGGAUUUGGAUUGGGCCCAGCAAUAGCUUGGCGGCUGCUGAUGCUGCUCCAAAACAAGGGAGCCUCAAGUUGCCAAGAGCAGGUUCCCACCAACACGAGCUGAAUUAUCUUGCCUUGCAAAGGCAUCAUGUAAUUUGUUUUAAAAAUGAUACUCGUCUAGGGUUACUGUUGCCUGUUAUUUUGCCAGGGUAGAAAGUGAGAAGAGGGGUCAAGAAGAGGAACCUGGAGUCCACUUUGGCUUUUCUGGAAAAGGAUGUGUUGAGAAGGCACUUGGAGAAUGCAUGAGUCUUGACAAAAACGGCAGAGUAGGCUUGUGUUGCUAUUUUGUGCCUUCACUGUAAUUCCACCUUACAUAACUGUUUUGUCAAGGUUUAUUUAUUUAGUAAAUAAAUAAAUAUGUUUGCCAUGGCUUUACUCUUUGAUGUUUCCGUGGCUGCGUGAAGAUUGGCAUCCUGGUCUCCCCAGUAUUCUAGUCCAACAUUCAAACACUACACCAUGUCGUUAUCAUACUUAUAUGUUCCUUUCCCAUAUUGAACUAUAGCAGGAACAGGACCACUGUAUUUCCUUGAAGCCUGUCUGAAAGAGUUGGUUUCCCAAAAGCUGGUUCACUUAUGUCGGGAAAUGGAGCUGAGAGGUGCAAGGGCGAAGGCUCCUCUUUGUUUCCUUUCAUUUUCCCUGCUGCAUUUAUUUUCCCAUGGGUCCGCACUGGUGGACUCUGGGUCUCCUCAUGCUGAAGGCUGACCUUUAGGUGGCAUGGGCUGGGAGAGGGAGAAAUAAAGGGCCCAGGGAACAGAGAAGAGGACAGUUAAUCUGUGUAACCUAGUUUCCUGCUCCAGGACAGAGGAGGCUCUUCCAGUUGGGAGAAACAAACCUCCUGCUCAGCCAGGGAUUAGAUCUCGUUGGCUGGUAAAAAUAGCUCCAUUUAUGAUGUCAGUGACAUCCUCUCUCUAGCUGCCUCUCUCUCCUGAACCUCUGCGCUGAAGCACAACCCUCCCAACUCAAAGGAGUCCCUUCACGUGGGAUAGCAUUGUCAAGGCAGAUUUCAGGAGUGGCCUUGGUUUCAUUCAGAUGAACAAAUUAAGAGAACACCCAAAGUGUGGGUGGAAGGGCAGUACUCUCAAAAAUCAUACAUUGCUUCCAGAGAAAUGAAGCCUGACUCGUUGGUAUUAUUGUUGAACAGACAUUUGGUAUAGAGAAACAUGAAGGAAAGCAGAAGCUUAUUCGACCGACAGAGGCAUAACUUAAAGGGAGGAAAAAACCCAGGGAAAAUGUAGACGGUUGAUGAUGAAGCGAUGGCAGCAUAAAUGAAGGCCAAGUAAGGAAGGCAGAACGAUGCCCAAGGGUGGGUGUUCUAAAACACCACAAUUGGAAGAUUUUUCUCUCAGCAACGACAUGGUGGAGAAACAAACUGGGAAAAAGGAUAAAGAUAAAGUUUCUCUAACCAAGACUCCAAAAUUGGACCGGAGUGAUGGGGGCAAAGAGGUGAAGGAGCGAGCCACGAAGAGGAAGUUGCCUUUCACUGUUGGAACAAAUGGAGAUCAGAAAGAUUCGGAUACAGAAAAGCAGGGUCCUGAGCGGAAGAGGAUCAAAAAAGAGCCUGCUACGCGGAAGCCCAGCCUGCUCUUUGGCAUGGGGCUGUCAGGGAUCCGGGCUGGUUACCCACUGUCUGAGCGCCAGCAGGUUGCCCUCCUUAUGCAGAUGACAGCGGAGGAGUCGGCAAACAGUCCAGCAGUAGAUACAACACCAAAGCAUCCCUCUCAGUCUACCGUGUGUCAGAAGGGAACUCCUAACUCUGCCUCCAAAACCAAAGAUAAAGUGAACAAGCGGAAUGAGCGUGGGGAAACCCGGCUGCACCGGGCGGCCAUCCGCGGGGAUGCCCGGCGCAUCAAGGAACUCAUUAUCGAAGGCGCGGAUGUUAACGUGAAGGACUUUGCAGGCUGGACAGCUUUACACGAAGCAUGCAACCGGGGUUACUACGAUGUUGCAAAGCAGUUGCUUGCUGCCGGUGCCGAGGUCAACACCAAGGGCUUGGAUGACGACACUCCCCUGCAUGACGCGGCCAGCAAUGGCCACUACAAGGUGGUGAAGCUGUUGUUACAUUAUGGAGGAAAUCCUCACCAGCUCAACAGGAGGGGAGAGACACCGCUAAAAGUCGCCAAUUCCCCCACAAUGGUGAACCUGCUCCUGGGGAAGGCCACGUAUCCCUCCAGUGAAGAGAGUUCCACAGAGAGCUCUGAAGAAGAAGACGCCCCGUCGUUUGCACCCUCCAGCUCCAUUGAUGGCAAUAACACAGACUCUGAGUUUGAGAAAGGCCUGAAACACAAGGCCAAGAAUCAGGAGCCCCCCAAAGCCAUCACAACGCCAGUCAAGGACGAAUACGAGUUCGACGAGGACGAUGAGCAGGACAGGGUCCCGCCGGUCGACGACAAACACCUGCUGAAAAAGGACUACAGGAAAGAGACUAAAGCUAACAGUUUUAUUUCCAUCCCCAAGAUGGAGGUAAAAACCUAUACUAAAAACAGCACAAUCACACCAAAGAAAGCGGCCCAUCGGAUCCUUUCGGACACGUCGGAUGAGGACAGCAGCGUCACUGUUGGGGGCGGGGAAAAGCUGCGUCUGACCGCCCAUUCCAUCCCGGCCCCCAACAAGGCUCGAGAACCAUCCAACGCCAAGCAGCAGAAGGAGAAAAAUAAGGUGAAGAAGAAGCGCAAGAAGGAGGCCAAGGGCAAAGAGGUUCGGUUUGGCAAAAAAAAUGACAAGUUCUGCACCUCCGAGUCGGAGAGUGAGAACCUGGAAACCGAGGAGGAGGACAGAGACUCUGUACAAAGUGCUGCCUGUGUAAAGGACUCGAGGAUAGUUUUGAAAGAGUCCUCCUCUUUGUUUAAUUCCCUUUCGGCCUCUUCGGCCUCUUCCCAUGGGAGCCUGGGGUCGCAGAAGCAUAACGCAGUAGCGGCCCUGGCCGACCAGCACUCCAAGCACUGGAGGACGGACAAUUGGAAAACUGUCUCUUCCCCGGCCUGGUCAGACGUCAGCUCCUUGUCCGACUCGACGAGGACGAGGCUGACCAGCGAGUCGGACUACACCUCCGAGGACUCAAGUCUGGAGUCCUUAAAGCCUGUGCGGAAGAAGCAGGAGCCCAAGAAACGGACGCCGCAUGGAGCUGCGGCAGCUGUCGUUGUGGUGGAGAAGAAGAAUUCCUUCCACGCCAAUGUUGAGGGAGCCAUCCCAAAGCUGGACAAGGAGGGGAAGGUUGUAAAAAAGCAUAAAACGAAACACAAACACAAAAACAAGGAGCGAGGCCAGUGUCCUGCCGCUCAAGACAUUAAAAUCAUCAAAGCCUUUUCUUUUGAAUAUGAGGACUCUAAGCUGAAGCCUGAGAAGGCUUUGAUUGUCGAGACCGAAAGCCCCGUUGUUGAGAACAAGCUCAAAGUGCUAAAGCACGAGAGAGAGCACUUCAAGAAGGAAGACAAAUUUCUGAAGACUAAAUCAGAGGAGAAGGAGUGGCUUUUCAAAGAAGAUGCUGGGAAAAACUCCAAAGAGGAGAAGUCCUUGAAGAAAACCAAGGAGGCGAGUAAAGAUGGCAGUAAAUCUUUCAGAGAAGAAAAGGCCAGCAGAUUGGAAAAAGAGAAACCCGUCAAGGAGAAGUCUCCUAAAGAGGAGAAGCCUCGAAUACAUAAAGAGGAGCGGAAGAAAAAAUCCAAGGACAAGCAAUUUAAGACCGAAAAGAAAAAUGAAGCAAAGGAGGAGAAACCAGCCAAACCAGAGAAGGAGAGAGCCUCAAAAGAGGAGAAGGAGAAAGGCAAAAAAGACAAAGGCUUCAGAGAAGAGUCCAGCUUUGAAGAGUUCAGUAAUAAAAAUCAGUUUUUGGAGAACGAAGACACAAAAUUCAGCCUCUCGGAUGACCAGCAAGAUCGGUGGUUCUCCGAUUUGUCAUCUGAUUCUUCCUUUGAUUUCAAAGGGGAAGAUAGCUGGGAUUCACCAGUGACGGAUUACAGGGAAAUGAAAAACGACACUGUGGCAAAACUUAUCAUCGAAACAGUGAAGGAGGAGAUAAAAGACAAGAAGCGGGAAAGCAAAGCAAAAGACAAGAGAGAGUACAAUGAGAAGCGGGGCGAAAAAGAUGCUUUCCCUAAGAAGAAAGACAGAGAAUACACAGAACGGAACUCUGACAAGAAAAAGGACCAAACUGAGAAGCAUAAAAAUAUUUCCAGUUAUUUGCCGGAAAAGAAAAGGAAAGAUUCAGCCGAAAACUUUAAAGAGAGGAAGGAAAAGGAAUCCAGCGAAAUUACCAGGGAGAGAAGAGAUACGUCUGAUGGUUCCAAAGACAGAAAAGACAUUAAAAUUAAGCAAGAGGAGUCCUACAGGGAUGAAUUUAAAGACUACGGCUAUGAAUCGUUCUUCAAAGAAAAACCUGAUCCUGAAUUUAGUGGGAAAACUGUAGAGACCUGGGAAAGGCAUCAUUCAGGAAAAGAGAAGAAGGAUACAUCAGAGAAGGAGAAGAAAGAAAAAUUAAAAACGGAAAAGUACAAGGAGAAAUCCAAAGCAGAGGACAAAGAGAGAAACGAGAAGGCUGUGUCCGAAAAAAACCAGAAGGACAAAGAGUCAGAUAAAGGUUUCAAGGAGAAGAAAGAUACAAAGGAGAAAUACAAAGAGCCUCAUAAAGAGCGGAAGGCUUCCUCUGACCAAACGAAAGAGAAGAAGGAGAAGAACUUUUCUGGGGAUAGAGAUGACUUCCAUGAAAGGAGGGAGGAGAAAAAGAGCCGAGAGAGGACCUGGUAUAACAUCCUGGACAUCUUCACUGACGAAAGCGAGGAUGAGAAGGACGAGUACAGCCUGGGCGGGUUCAAAUUCGGAGAGGGCAUCGGGAGCGAAACGCAAGACAAGGAGGAUGGCCUGGCAGCCGAGAGAGACCUUUAUGUCCCCGACAAGCACCGGAAGCACUCUUCGGAUAGGCCCCAUUCUGCCGAGAAGCAGAAGGACAAAGACACCAAAGAGAAGAGGAAGGACAAGGGGCUCUCUGAGAGUGGGAAGGAGAAGAAAGAGAAAAGCUCCUUGGAAAAACACAAAGAGAAGAAGGAGAAAGACUCGGCAGAGAAGUACAAAGACAGGAAAGAGCGAGCCUCGGUAGACUCUGCCCAAGAGCGGAAGACCAAGCAAAAGCUUCCCGAAAAAGUAGAGAAGAAGCACUCGGGGGAAGAGAAGGUUAAGAGCAGGCAUAAGGACAAGCUGGAGAAGGAGUAUACCAGGGAAAAGCGGUCUUCAAAAGGCGGAGAGUCUGAGAAGAGCAUGCUGGAGAAACUGGAGGAGGAGGCCCUCAACGAGUGCAGAGAUGAUUCCAAUGAUAAAAUCAGCGAGAUUUCCUCUGACAGCUUCACAGACCGAGGGCAGGAGCCAGUGCUCACGGGUCUCUUUGAGUCUUCCAACCUUUCCCUGGCAGAUGCUUCCGAGGAGAAAUUCAAGGAGUCCCUGCCUUCUUUGCCGUGCCUGCCGGAUAAGCUCAAGGAAAAGGAGCGGCACAGGCAUUCUUCGUCCUCCUCAAAGAAAAGCCAUGAAAAGGAGAAAGCAAAGAAAGAAAAAGCAGAUAAAAAAGAGAAAGCGGAUGAGUUUAAAGACUCCGGCAGCAGGAAGGAUUCCACUCAGUACGAGAAGGACUUUGCUGCCGAUGGAGAAGGCUUUGGCAUCUCCUUCGGCACAAAGGCCGAGGUCGAAGAGGAACUGGAUAAAAACACAGAGUACUUGUUCUCUGAGAAAAAGGACAAGAACGACUCGGAAAGAGAACUUCCAAAGAAGGCAGAAAAGGAGAGAAGCUACAGCUCCAAUGCAGCCAGCACAACCAAAGAGAAGAAAAAGAGGGAGAGGCACAAAGAGAAGUGGAAAGAAGAUCGGGAGAAGCACAAGGACAAACAUGCCGAUGGCUUCUUCAGGCACCACAAGGAGGAACAGAAGUCUAGCAAAGACAAAGACGCCUCUCAAGUGAUCUCUGCGAAGGACAAGUUUAAAGAGGAGCUGCCCAAAUUCAACGAUCUUAAAGCGAAGGACCGGCUCAAGGAAAACCAAGACAAGGACAAAAUGGACUGUGUUAAAAUGAGCAACGGGAAUGAUAAAAUCACCUUAUCCAAAGACAGCAGCAAGAAAGACAGGCCCAGGGAGAAGCUUCUAGGUGACGGGGACCUCAUGAUGACCAGCUUUGAGAGGAUGCUGAGCCAGAAAGACCUUGAGAUCGAAGAGCGCCACAAGAGGCACAAAGAGCGGAUGAAGCAGAUGGAGAAGAUGCGGCAUCGAUCAGGGGACCCCAAACUGAAAGACAAAGCCAAGACCAACGAGGACAUGCGCAAGAGGAGCCUGGAUUCGAUAGCAAAAAAGCCUCUUGCGCUCGACGCUCAGUUGAAGGACAAGAAAGUCAAAGAUGUAGGUCCCUUGACACCAAUUGUGGCUCCUGAGAACAAGCCCCAGCCGGCUGUUGGGUUGGAUUCCAAGGACUGGAUUACUGGUCCCCAGUUGAAGGAGAUCUUACCAGCUUCUCCAAGGCCGGAUCAGAACCGGCCGACCGGCGUCCCAACCCCAGCCUCCGUCGUUUCUUGCCCGAGUUACGAGGAGGUGAUGCAGACGCCACGGACUCCCUCCUGCAGCAACGAAGACUACACUGACCUCAUGUUUGACUGCGCCGACUCCCAGCACUCGCUACCCAUCUCCACCAUGUCCAUGAAUGCUUGCUCUCCCUCCUUUUUUGACAGAUAUUCCAAUCCUCCCAGUGGAUUCUCUGAGAACCCAAGCCAGACCCCAACUCGAACCAUUCCCUCCACAAAUCUCCACCGUUCAAUGUCUGUGGAUAUUAGGAGAGCACCGGAAGAGGAGUUCAGCGUCGGGGACAAAUUUUUCAGGCAACAGAGCGUCCCAGCCACAUCAAAUUAUGACUCCCCAGUUCAGCACUUGAUGGAGGAGAAAGUCCCUCUCCCCUCCAUUCCCAUAGAAAAGUUUCCCUGUUUGUCUCCAGAAUACUACUCACCAGAAUAUGGAAUCCCAUCUCCUAAAGUUGAGGCAUUGCAUUGCACGCCAGGGACCGUGGGCAGUGUGGUCCACUCCCCUGAAAGUGUAUUUUCUGGACUUCAAGCCAAAUCCUCCCCUUCUCAUAGGGAUGAGCUGCUUGCCCCGUCUGUUGAAAGCGCUCUCCCGCCAGACCUUGGCCUGCCUUUGGACGCCACGGAGGAACAACAGGCCACCGCUUCCAUCAUGCCCUCCGAGUCCAGUUUUUUGCCACCUAUUGAGGAGAAUGACUUUGACUCAGUUAUUCCAGGACAGGAUGGCACGGAGUGGGAAAAUACUUCAAAACAGACUUUGGACCCUCCUGGGCCUCCCAGCUUGAUAGGCAACCUCUCAGAGCCUCCUGUCAGCUGGUCGGUGGGAUCCGAGUUGCUCAUGAUGUCUCCCCAACUGGUCCCUGACUCCCCAAAACCCUUUCUUUCUACAGAGGCCACGCAUCCAACACCAGCGCCUUUCAUUGCUGCAGAUCCCCUCUACCCCAGCUCCCCUGUAUCAUAUCCCAUCUCCGUAAUUGAAUCGGGGCCGGAGAAGGUGAAGGAGAAUGCUGAAGGAGCCGCUCCAGCAGAAGUCCCAACUGCAGAACAGCAGGCUCCUUACGCAGAGUCCCCUGUAAGGCUGGACACUUUCUUUAGUAGCAACAAGUCUGUCCCCGAAGAAGCCUCUGACACGCCGUUGCAGCUGGCGAGCAUGCCAGCAGAAUCCCAGGUGGAGGCGGUGAAUACUCUGGAAAAGGAGCAUUAUUUGGAGAGCAGCACCAUCGCCCCAGAAAAUCCAGAGGAGCCAGUCACGUGGUCGGAUCCCUUCACAAACUCAGAAGACGAUUUGGAUCUGGGUCCUUUCUCUCUGCCAGAAUUGCCACUUCAGACAAAAGACAUCCCGGAGGCUGAAGCAGCAGAAGCAGUGGAAGGAGGCCUUGUGACCACAUCUGAAAUUGGUGGUGCUUCUCUUGCAGACGUCGGGGUGUCUUUGGAGCCUGCAAACAGUCAAAAGGAGCUGACUCCAAACCAGGCUGCAGAGCCAGAAGCACUCACUGAUGAGCAGGAGCAAGAGGCAGAUUCGAUAGACGUUGGGUCAGAAGCACCCCUUGCUCCUGAACAGAAGAGUGUAGAAGUGGCAGAAGCUCCCCGGAUUAUUCAGGAAGCACCGCCAGCAGAUCUUGCUCCAUUGGAGACCAAGAAGGCAGAAGCAAGUUGUGAAGAGACCCCGCCGGCUGCCCUUGUGUCAGAAAGUGACUCCCAGCCUAGUUUGAGAGAAACCAUCAAGACAGAGAGCCAUGAUGCCCAAGAAGUGCUUCCAGUCAAGACCCCUCCUUCCCAGCCGGAGGUGCUGCAAGUGAGUGUCCAGUUGGAAACCACAGAACCACCUGCCCCCAAGCCGGUGCCUGAGAGCCCAAAACCCCCCAAAAUAGAAGAGAUCCCGCAACGCAUCACCAGGAACCGGGCCCAGAUGCUCGCCAACCAAAACAAGCAGAAUGCCGCCGCCUCUGAGAAGGAGUACUCGGCUCCUGCUGCACCUCCGCCCUCGGCCCCCACCACACGGGCGAAGGGGCGCAUAUCGGAGGAAGAGGACCCCCAGGCCCAGCACCCCCGCAAGCGCCGCUUCCAGCGCUCCAACCAGCAGCUGCAGCAGCAGAUCAACACCUCCACCCAGCAGACGCGGGAGAUGAUCCAGCAGACGCUGGCCGCCAUCGUGGACACCAUCAAGCUGGAUGACAUCGAGCCCUAUCACAGCGAUCGGUCCAACCCCUACUUCGAGUACCUGCAGAUCCGGAAGAAGAUCGAGGAGAAGCGGAAAAUUCUCUGCUACAUCACUCCCCAGGCGCCCCAGUGUUAUGCCGAGUAUGUCACCUACACGGGGUCCUACCUGCUGGACGGCAAGCCACUGAGCAAGCUGCACAUUCCGGUGAUUGCUCCCCCUCCGUCCUUGGCUGAGCCCCUCAAGGAGCUCUUCAAACAGCAGGAAGCCGUCCGUGGCAAGUUGCGGCUCCAGCACAGCAUUGAGCGGGAGAAGCUGAUUGUUUCCUGCGAACAGGAGAUCCUGAGGGUUCACUGCCGGGCGGCCAGGACAAUAGCCAACCAAGCCGUGCCCUUCAGCGCCUGCACCAUGCUUCUGGACUCAGAGGUGUACAACAUGCCUUUGGAAAAUCAGGGAGACGAAAACAAAUCUGUCAGAGACCGUUUCAACGCCCGCCAGUUCAUUUCCUGGUUGCAGGACGUGGACGAUAAAUAUGACCGAAUGAAGACGUGCCUCUUGAUGCGGCAGCAGCACGAAGCGGCCGCCUUGAACGCAGUGCAGCGCAUGGAGUGGCAGCUGAAAGUGCAGGAGCUGGACCCUGCCGGGCACAAGUCCCUCUGCGUGAACGAGGUGCCCUCCUUCUACGUGCCAAUGGUGGACGUCAACGACGACUUUGUGCUCUUGCCGGCAUGACAGGGCCCUCGGGGGCCGGGAGGAGACCGCUCUGGCUGCUGCCGCUGUGCUGCAAACCGGCACGCGACAACGGUGGGGGGACGGAGGGCGGGCGCCCGUUCCCCACCACCGAGACCUCCGUUGCCCUGCGAACCACGGGGCCCUCUGGCCGCUUGCUGAUGAAUCCCUAGCCGGACGAGGAGGAGGCAGAAGAAACAACACAAAUCAAAACGGGAACACCUAACGGAACAGACACAACGCAAAAGACACACAAACGGCACUUUCUUUGCAACGGGGGCAAAAGGAGAGGACUCCCGGAAGGCCGGCAGAAGUAGCGCGAGGCCUGUGUAGGACUAAAAGGCAGCCGGGAAGAGACUGAUGGAAAGCAGGGAGCAGGAAGACUCCUUGGACAAUCUCUCCCUGCGGGGCAUCAGCCGCCGGCUGGCCCUGUAGGCACCACGCCUUCGCAAUCACGGCCGUUUCCAGUGCUUCGAUCUUUCCGUUUGCUGGAGGGGCGAGGAAAGGGCUUCCUGGGCAGGAUUGGCAGGCAAAACGGGGGCGGGAAGGGGAGUUUUGAGCUUCACGUCGGCGGCAAGGUGGCUAACGUUGUUGCCGCGCCGUCCCGAGUUCCCGCUCCCCCGAACCACACCUACGCAGGAGGCAGCAUCCGGCACCCCACCCCAAGUAAGUGGCAGGCAGAGCGAGGACUUUGCAAGUUCUGUUUUUAAAUAAAAGCGGGAGUCUCCGUAUACGGUUUAUAUAUAUAUAUAUAAAUAUAUAUAUAUAUAAAUAUAUAUAAAUAUAUAUAUAUUUUCCUUUAAUCUUGGGCAUUUCUUUUUUUUCGUUUUAUUUUUUCCGUUUGUUUGUUUGUUGGUUUCUCUUUCGGAGGACGUUAACUUGAAAAAUAAAAAAAAUUAAGAAAAGUAAAAAAGAGGAAACACUACAAAGAGCCAAUACUCAUUAUUAAAAAAAAAUGAGAAAAAAAUGAAAUUGUAUCCCGUUAAUUAAAAAAAAGAAAAUCUGUACAGUUUUAUAUACAUUAACAAUGUACUUUUUUGCUGCCUUCUAGAUAAUUUAUUUUGCAACACAUUACUGCACAGUUGUAAAUAACUUAUGUACUGUAACAUCACUUUCAGUCAUGUGUAAAGAAAUAAAUAAAUUAAUUAAAAAUGA